AUGCAAACAAAAAUUAUACUAGAAGAAAAAGACUUACCAAAGCAUUGGUACAAUAUUAGCCCAGAUUUACCUGAGCCCAUGUCACCACCUCUGCACCCUGGAACAAAAAAGCCCAUCGGUCCAGAUGAUCUUGCACCGCUGUUCCCUAUGUCGCUUAUAGCGCAAGAAGUAAGCAUGGAGAGGGAAAUAGAAAUACCUGAACCCGUUCGUGCUGUAUACAAGCAAUGGAGGCCCAGCCCUCUUUUUAGAGCGUAUAAUUUAGAAAAAUUUCUAGACACGCCUGCAAAGAUAUACUACAAAUAUGAAGGCCUUAGCCCAUCGGGAAGUCAUAAACCCAAUACUUCUAUAGCUCAAGCUUUUUACAAUAAGGAAGCUGGAAUCAAAAGAAUUAGUACUGAAACCGGAGCCGGACAAUGGGGUAGCGCGCUUUCCUAUGCGGGAGCUAUCUUUGGAUUAGAUAUAGAAGUGUAUAUGGUGAAAAUUAGCUACCAUCAAAAACCUUACCGAAAAUCACUUAUGGAAAGCUACGGAGCAAAAUGUAUUCCAAGCCCAUCGGAAACAACAAAUGCAGGAAGAGCAAUACUGGAAAAAGAUCGCAACUCCAAUGGGUCAUUAGGUAUUGCUAUCUCUGAAGCAGUUGAGGUAGCUGCACAAAACAGCAAUACAAACUACGCACUUGGUAGCGUUUUGAACCACGUUCUACUGCAUCAAACAGUCAUUGGACUAGAAGCAAUUAAACAAAUGGAGAUAGCGGAUGUCUACCCCGAUAUAAUAAUUGGCUGUACUGGAGGUGGUUCAAAUUUCGCGGGAAUAGUGCUUCCCUUUCUUGGAAAAGCAAUUAAAGAAAAUAAAAAUACUCGCUUUAUUGCAGUAGAACCCUCUGCAUGCCCCUCUCUUACUAAAGGAAAAUUUGCAUAUGAUUAUGGGGACACCAUGCAUCUUACCCCUUUAGUUAAGAUGUACACAUUAGGCGCUGACUUUAUGCCACCUGGAUUUCACUCUGGCGGUCUACGCUAUCAUGGCAUGUCUCCUCUUAUCAGUCAUCUCAAAAACCAUUCAUACAUAGAGGCGGAAUCUUUUUUUCAAAAUGAUUGUCUAAAAUCAGGGAUAACAUUUGCAAAAACUGAGGGUAUUAUUCCGGCACCAGAAGCAAGUCAUGCAGUACAUGGAGCAAUAGCAAAGGCAUUAGAAUGCAAAAGAGAUGGCACAGCUAAAACCAUACUGUUUAAUCUCUGUGGUCAUGGCUACUUUGAUAUGAAGGCCUACGAAGAUUUCUUGGCAGGCACUUUAGACGAUAGUCUAUUUGAUGAAACAUCUAUUACAGAAAGUUUAACAAAGCUUCCUGUACUGUAG